AUGACAGCCGUUGAAGGAGACAAAGGAGGUGUAUUUUUUGUUUACGGAUAUGGAGGAACGGGGAAGACGUUUUUGUGGAAGACGUUAGCCUUAACCGUUAGGUCGAGAGAGCAGAUUGUUUUAAAUGUGGCUUCAAGUGGUAUUGCUUCACUUCUAAUGUCAAGAGGUAGAACGGCUCAUUCUAGAUUUCACAUCCCCAUUAAUUUAGAUGAGAGUUCUAUGUGUCACAUAAGGCCCGAUGGUGAUGUAGCUUAUCUGCUUAAACAAACUAGGUUGAUUAUAUGGGACGAAGCACCCAUGGUACAUAGACAUGCGUUUGAAGCUUUAGAUAGAACAUUAAAAGAUAUUUUUGUCGAUAAAAGCAAUUGUCAGUCGGAUGUUUUGUUUGGAGGUAAGGUUAUCGUUUUUGGUGGUGAUUUUAGACAAAUUCUUCCUGUUAUUCCAAACGGAAGUAGGCAAGAAAUUGUUAACGCUUCGUUGAGUUCAUCCUAUAUAUGGCCCCAUUGCAAGUUACUUACUUUGACCAAAAACAUGAGAUUGACUGUUGGUGUUUUACCAUCUACAGUCGAGUCGACAAAGAGAUUUGCCCAAUGGCUUCUUGAUAUUGGCGAGGGUAAAGUUGGAGGGGAUAAUGAUGGUGUAGCAACUGUAGAAAUACCAUCUGAUUUGUUAAUCACAGAUUCUUUGGAUCCCAUCGAAAGUUUAAUUCAAUUUGUAUAUCCAUCUGUUCUUGAAAGAUAUAAGGAUCGAGAUUAUUUUUCUGAAAGGGCGAUUCUGACACCAAAAAACGAGGUGGUACAUGAAAUAAAUGAUCGACUACUAGAAUUGUUUCCUGGUGAACCAACAGAGUACCUGAGUUCUGAUAGUAUAUGUGCGACGGAGAAAGGUAUCGAUUCAUUCUAA